UCAAGAACUACUAACUCUUUCACAACAGUUUUUUGCUGCCACACAUUUAGAAUUCUAUACAGAUGGUUCUCUUAUGGGCUUGGACACUCUUUCUAUGAGAAUGAGUAUGGUUUGGCUGCAAACGAACCUAUGUUCACCUAUGGUCUCCUUUUCAUCUGCAUUAGUCACUACAUUCACUCAUCUUCAAUUGCGGAGCUAG